ACCAAAAAACAGCAUUGAUUGAGAAUUACUCAGUCCUUGGCGGACAGGCACAGCCUUUAAACCUCUCGGCUGACAAAACCUUCAUAGCUGUUACGCCGGGAAAAAGAGAUUUAGUAAAUACUAUUAGGGCUGGUGGGUUUGUAGUACACUUUAGUAUCCACGAACUCGCUGGAACCAUCCGAACAAGAACUGCGAACCGAACGAGUCCAAGAUGUAUACUACACCGCUAUACAUAGUACUUCCUUUAAGUAUUCUUUCCAUUGCCAUUGUCGUCUCCAACGUUGCGGUGUGUUUUCUUGUUUGUCUGAACAAGAAUCUAAGAACAUUUACAAAUGGUUUCAUCGUGUCUCUGGCCAUCUCGGAUAUUCUAGUCGGUGGCGUUCUCUUCCCUUGUUAUUUGACUAAUCCUGUUGGAACUGCUGAUUUCAUCGGCUAUUUGGUGUCGAUUAUCCUUCUUGCUGGUGUUGCAAACCUCUGCACAGUGACGUACGAUCGUUAUUUGGCUCUUAAUCAGCCUCUGGAAUAUUCCUUUAAAAUAUCCAGGAUCUUCCUCAAGGUUGUGCCCGCAUCUUGGAUCAUCCCAAUCGUGUAUUCUCUUCUUCCGUUGAUCUGGAACACCGACCGAAGAGAGAAAAUUCACAAGAUCUACCUUAUUGGACUACAACUAAUUGGCGUCAUAAUCCCUUAUAUAUUUAUCAUUAUUGCUUAUUGUACGAUUUUUCGUCGUGUUCGUAGAAGCCUCAAACUCAGAAAACAGUUUUCGUUAAAUUCCUCCAAGCGUUCAAAACAAGAGAGGAAAAGAGUGACAAGCGAAGCGAAAGUUGCCAAGGUAUUUUUGAUUGUAUCUGCAUCUUUUAUUCUAUGCUGGCUUCCAGUAAUCUUCAUCACCACCGCAGGAGAAAUAUUCGACAGAAUAGACGUUAUCCCAGAAGCACUGGAAAUAAUAUCGUUCUUCACGAUAGCUUUCAGCUCACUUGUGAAUCCAUUAGUGUAUUCCUUCAUGAAGCCAGAUUUCAACAAAGCGAUCGUGAAGGCGUUGAACCGUCAUUUGAAGCGUGGAGGCAAUUAUACUACUAACGAUCAAACAAUUGCUUUAACUCCAAUGUCUGUGACUGCCACCUACAUUGCGGAAUAAGGAUUUCCUUAUGGAAAAGGGCUCUUAUUCGCAAACAGGUGUGUUUGAAUAAAGAGACGAUAGGCAUCCGAACGCCAGCCAUGUGACGCAUUUCAUGCUCACGAGCGUCGACAAAAACAUUACUAAUAACAGCAACUUUUAUCUUGAAAACGAGCCACUACUUUCUAUUUCCCAGUCGUUUUACACAUGCAUCUAUCGGACUGGGGUUCGUCGCGUCUUUAUGAACUAUUUUAUUCACAGCUCACAGUGUAAUUAUUUUAAAAGUCCUGUUAAUAGCUGUUAAUGUCAAAUGUUCCAGACGUUCCGUGACACAGCAGCCGCUGGUGUCGAACGGAAUCAGCUCAAUGUACGAGAACACUUUCAUUACCGUGUAUCUAUUUCUCCAAACAAUUUUUUUAUUGCUCCAGUGAAGACGUUAUUAUACCAGUUAGAAGCCAGAGUUUAUUGGUAUUGUUUGAGUUUGAAAGUUUACGUACCGAGUUGCUUGUCUUCGUCUUCAUUGGUGGCCGAGAUAACUCUUAUCUCUGAUGAUCCGGGCCUAGCAGAUAUAAGCCGUAAAUUCGUGACUCGCCUCAAUUAAAGGCCCUCGGAAUGCACUUUUGUCAGAUUACCUUAUUGAUGAACUUAAAACAGCCCUUUUGCGCCAAAACACGUAACAUUUUAGCUUAACCUAAAAACGAUACAGUUUGACAUGAUAUACUACCUAUCGGGUCUUGAGCAUGCGCAUUGGACGCAUUUAUGUCGAUAAUGAAUAGGUGGAAUUCACGAAAGUGCGAGCUGAAUGAAGCAUCUCUUACCCCUCUCUAAUUUAUUUACUAAUUUCUGCUCUUCUGAGCGUAUUUUUUGAAUUAAUAUUCGUCAUCUUUUUUCCCAGCCCGAAAAUGCCGAGAAAAGUUGAAAUGAAUAUACUUCGUAAUCGAAUGACAUAAAGAUCCUUGACGAUUUUUUAUAGCAAAUUUUGCAUUCGAGUACUCACGAUACAGACGUUCCGUGCUGCAUCAGCUGUACCAGCCGCCCUUUUACCUUAGCUCAGGAACGCUAAAGCCAAAGGCGGUUUAAUCGCCUUUAACUGAAUUAAGAUCAAUUAUUUGUGCGAUUAUUAUUUAACUAUAUACGAUUAGCUGGGAAGCUGCAUGUCAAGAGGGAAGUUGUUUAUCUUCUUACAGCAGAUGAAGGAUGACUGUUACCGACAGCGCGACGUGCAAAAGUAUGACCGGCGAUUAUGUGAUUCGCACAUUUCGAUGCGAAACUGGCUAGUUUUACCAAACAAGGCAAGUAAACACUCAGACUUUUUCGCUGCUUAGAGGUGUGCGGAUACAUUCUGAAGGUUGUUGAUACUUUGGCGCAUCGCGCUGUAAGGGGAGGACGGGAUUGAUGUUCAGCUACACCCUGUGCGAAUAGAUCUAAUAAAGCAAAUUUGAAGGCAA